ACCAUCUACCUGACCUAAGCUUUGCCAUGUUGUUACCACUUCUGGGAGCCUGUGCUGUGGUAGGUCCAUUCCAGGGCCCUGAAUGGGAGCCAGUGAGGGGUCUACUGUCCCAGGAUCAAAGCUGCAAGGAUCCCCGGUGCUGUGGCAAUCUGCUUGUCUCCUGCCUCUUUCUGAUCUGGCAGAUCCAACAGUAUUGGCACCAGUUCUCCAGGACCAGAAAGAGGAAUGUCACCAAGGUGCCACCACAGAGACGGACAGUGUGGUCUGCCCCCCAGGACACGUUUGUUGGGAUGAUUCCUGAAUUCUUUACUCAUGGAAAAAACAGGGGCCUGGAUGUUCACAUCCAACAGUGGAUGCAGAAGCGGCGGUGGGGAUACCAGAAGACUGUCGGACAACAGUGGGACACCCAGUAUCUGCUGUCUCUGCAGAAGCCGUGUCAAGACCUGCCUUGGGAUAUCCAUACCUCUACUGAGCCCAUUUUUUGUACCUCUUCCUUUUCAAAUGCUUGUCUUCUCCCUCAGGACAGUUCUUGGGAAGCAUGGCAGUUAUCCUGGCAUCCCAGAGAUAGCCAGGCCCGCCCAUCCCUGCCUAUAUGCCAAAGAACGGAGCAGCUGCUGGAUCCUUCUCAUACGUUGGUGCCGCCAGAGCCUGUUAGCAUGACGUACACCUCCACAACUCUAGCCUUCUCUCUUCCAAACUUCCCUCCAGCUCAGAGUCUAAACUUCUGCCUCAGAGAGUUUCUGCCCGAUCCUCUUAGCCAACAAUUGGAAAUGUCCACCAAGGAGUGCUUGGAGCACUCACAAGGUCCCUUAGUACCAUGGGGUCAAACCAAGACAGUAGGCAGAGAAUGCAAUGAAGUUACUCUGCAAUAUCUAAACAAGAGAAAGAGCAGGGGGGAAGAUGCUCAGGAGAUACGAGCAUCUGGAGCCUUCCGCCCAAUAGACUCUGGAGUGGAGGAGGAUGAACAGGCUAAAGCCCUGGGGUACAGAGACCAGAGGCAAGAAAGAAGGGAAACUGACAGCGAGAUCUCAGUGUCAGAGUGGGAGAGGCAAACCCAGGUGAGGACUGCAGAGAGAGAACAAACUGAGAAACUCCAGAGGGAGCCUGGAGAGGAGAGCCCUUCUUCCCAGUCUCACAUAGGAGAGAACCAAGAAGAGUUCAGAUGUAAAACUGACAUAGCAACUCAAAUACCAGCAUGGGUUGGCCAGGAGGAUGCUGUGGAGACUCCAGCACUGGGGACGAAUGAGAAAGAAGCCAGAGGGAAGGAAGAGGCUGAGGUCGAGGCCCAAGGAUUGGAAACUCAGGACUGGACAGGAAGUAAGGCUGCUGAGAAUUCCCAAGUGCUAAAGUGGGGGACACAAGACCAGAUUGGAGGCAAUACUGGUACAGAAACUGAGGUGGAGGAAGGAAGGAACGAGGAUCAGAUCAGAAGUGGAGAUGGUGUGAAAAUCGAGACAUCUGGAAGGGAGAAUCCAGGAGAAUUCAAACAGGACAAUGAAAAGACCCAGGCCCUGGGGUGGGAGACCCAGGCUGGGGAGCGUGGAGGACAAAGCAGCAGUGAGAACGACACGAAGAUCCAAGCAUCUAAGGGAGAGAACCGGAAUCUGUCAAGACAGGAAGUUGAACUGGGCUUGAGGAAGCUCAGGGAGGUAAGAGAAGAGGACUGGGUGGUGAUCCAGGCACUAUGCUGGGGCAGCCAGAGCCUCAGGCUGAUCGCAGUGGACAGAGGACUCAUGAUACCAUGCUGCGGAGACCAGAGCCAGGUCAGAGGAGAAUAUACUGUAGACAUCUCAACACUGGAAAGUGACCAAAGAGAGGGUGGGGAUGCUGGUGCAGCAAACCAGGUGACACCCGAGGCCGAGGAGCAGGCUCGAUCCAGUCAACCUGACAUGGAGACUUGCACAGUACUGAGCCAGGAAGAGGAAAAGACUGAAGAGGAAAAUGGAACGGAUGCUCUGGCACAAGGGAAGAGAAACCUGAGAGGGGCUAACAGCACAGAUGAAGCACAGACCCAGAAACUUGGGGAAGAAAAUCAGGGUCAGUUAGGAAAUGAAUCCCAUAAAAUGAUUCACGGACCAAAACGGAAGAAUCAGAAAUUAGAAUCAGAAAUUAGAGGCAACGAUCAUAUAAAUAACCAGACAUCUGAGGCAGGGAACUGGGCGGAGCUAACAAGCAAGAAAGGUGAUAUGACCCAUGGGACAGGGUACGAGGAAGCUGAGGAGGCUGAGGGUGAGGACCGCACAGAAGGGACGAGAAUCGUGAGAGGAGCCGGAGGGGAGAAAGGUACAGAGACCAAGGCAGCCAUGGAAGAAAGCCAGAGCCCGUUAGGUGAUGUGGGUACAAACACCCAUUCAUCCGAAUUAGAGAACCAGAAGGAGAUGGGCAGCGAGGUUGCAACAGAAGCUCGGGCCCCGGAGCAGAGAAACAAGACAGAACCUGGAAAUAAUGACGUAAAGACCCAGAGACCUGAGAGCGAGAGCCAGGGACAGCUGGCUGAAGCUGGAGAGAUCGGGGAACAGGCUAAAGGAGAGAGCACUUCAGGAAAUGGGGCAUCGGAGAAGAAAAACUGGGGAGAGGGUGCAAGAGAGGAUUGUAGAAAGCUGCAGCGGGCCAGGAGAAAGGAUCAGAGACGGUUAGGUGAAGUUGAUGGAAAGACCUACCAGUUAGAGUGGAAGAACCAGGAGAACUUUAGAGAUGGGAAUGAUGCGGAAAUUCAAAAACAAGGGAAGAGAAACCCACUAUGUUUCACGGGAGACGAUAGCUCAGACACCCGAGCCUCUGUGGGAGAGGACCAGAGACAGUCUGCGUAUGAAACCGAUGAAAAGAGUCAGACACGGGGGCAAAGAAACCAGAGCAAGCGUAGAGACACUGCUACAGAAAUCCAGGAUGUCGGGGUCCAGAGAAAACGCAGAGCUGAGGGCUCUAAACUGUCUCAUCCAUCCGGGAGAGGAGGCAAGGGCCGGGUGGGCAGGAAGGAUGCUGUCAGGCCCAGUCCCCCAAAUGACUCUUCUGGGAAAGUGGGGCCCACAAGGCAGAAGUGCAGCUCGGCUCAGCUGGCUUCUCUCACUUCCGGAUAUGGAACCCCCAGACACAAGCAACCAAUGGCUGGAAAUGGUGUCGACUCUGCUCCCUGUUCUGAAGAACAUCUAAGUUGCCAGGGCAGAGCUCCUGCCCGGAAGCACAGAUGUGAAGUCAGUGAAAGAACCCAGAGGGCCCAACCUGGAUCUCAAAGAAGACAAGAAAGGGACAAAAGGGUGGACCUAGGGAAGGCUUCCAGCCCGACCUGCCAGGACCCCUAUCCACAGUCUCAGGCAUCCUCUGUCUUUCCCUCUCUCCUCUGUCCCCAAGUGUCUCAAGCUGUUCCUGCUGUAGCAUUCGUACCAGUAGCUCUCAAAACCCUUCACAAAUGGCCAGCCCUCAAGAAGAGCAAGCAUCUGCUCCUGGAGUCGCUCAUGAAGAGGAGGAUUGCACAUCUGAGGUGGGGCCUCCCUCGACGCAUCCUAGAGUCGUACUUGCUUUUUCACUUCUUAGAAUCUUGCUCCUUGCCGCCGGCUGGAGGGAAGCUGCCUGGAUCACGCACGGACCGGGAACGCCAAAGGCAGCAGGGACGACAUUGUGAGUCUCAGGCAUCCCUGUUAGGCCUUGAGUCUCCAGUCGGGACUCAAAGCCGUCCAGUUCUUGAAAAAAAAAGUUCGAAACUUUGUACCCAAGUCCAGGCUGUAGAGAAGCGUAGACCAACCAAGCCGGAGCCAACGGGCAGCUCUAUUCCACCUAAGAAACCCAGGAGAAUAAGACCACCAGGGGGAGCAAGAGAACCACAGAUCCAGGAAGAGGCCCCUAAGGCCAAGAUCCCUGCUCCCAAGAUUCCCAGGCCAGCAGUAGAGUCUAGGAGCUGGCACAACCCAAGAGGAGUCCCAGAGUUUUCCAUUGAGAACAGCAGAAGCAGAGAAAUGGUUAGGCCUGGAGUCUCCCAUGUAGAAGAGAAGACUUCCAGCAGAGCGAAGGCCUCAUCUAGUCCAGGAGGCUGCAACCACCUGAAAAAGGAACGUGAACCAAGGGAAGCCUCCGGGCUCUCUGCAAACAAGUGUCUGCAGCCCACGGGCGGAAAAAGUGGAAGUGUGAGACCCUCAGAAGACAGAAAACGAGCCAGUUCUGCACAUACAUCCAGCUUGAAAGGGAGUAUCCACUCCGCGGCAGCCAGACUGAGCAUGACCGUCUGGAGCAAGAUGGCGUCGUCGACACAGCUGGCUAAGCCCCAGCACUCAACCCCCUUUCUCACCCCAGGGAAUCCUACUCCACUUAACAAAGUGGGGGCUCCAUAUACAGAUGAGAACCGCAGCCGAUUCCCCACUGCCUUAGAGAAGGACCUGGGGCCACCAGGAGUAACUGUUUCUAGGAUAGAGAGCUACCAGGAAUACGAGACCCCUGGGAACUCAGUGGGGACACCCCACAAUCCAGCCGUCUCACAAAAGUUUGGUUUUAUGAGGCACUUGAGAUAUUUUCUCAGACAGUAUGGCCUUAAAAAGUAGGCCACAAGCCCAGAGUCCUUAGGACACGCCAGAGAAGGCAUGCAGCGGACCUGCUUAGUCUCACAGCCUCUAAUAAAAUUGGUUAUUUGGA